AGAGAUUUUUUUAUUAUUUUUAUACCUAAGGUUGUCUGUGUUCGCACUGCGAAAACAUUUGAAGCAUCCCAUGAUGUUAUUUUUCUUUUAAAAAUCGUUAAAAAGUUCAUACAACUUUUUGAUGAAUUAAUAUUUGCCUUUUGCAGAUAUCACGAUGCGACGGUCGGGAUAUCUUUUGGUCCUGCCGGUCUUGGUCCUGGUACUACCUGUGGUUCUCGCGGAGUACCUGCUGCCGGGUGACGUGGUCCCCAAGCACUACGACGUGAGGCUCGUCUUCGACGUCGAUCCAAGGACUAAUUACAGCUUUUUUGGUGUUGCUGAUAUCCUGUUGGACGUUAAGAAGACGACUUCAAAGAUCGUUCUGCACGCCCAGGAUUUUAUUGUAGCAGACGAUAAAGUGGUAUUUCAUGGUGCUGGCGACUUACCAGUCGUUACUUCUGUGAAACUCAAUGAUACAUACAAUUUCCUUACCCUAACCUUGAACAAGGAACUUGUAGAAGGUUCUAGCUACCGCCUGCAGAUACCUUUCUAUGGCAAUUUGAAGAUCGGACUUGAUGGUGUCUAUAUUAGUACAUAUGUAAAUAAGAAGACAAAUCUUAGAGAGUACUUGAUAGCGACUCAAUUUGAGGCUAUAUCAGCUCGCAAAGGUUUCCCGUGCUUCGACGAACCUGUGUACAAGGCGACGUUCCGACUGAACAUCGGUCAUCAUGAGGAGUUCUCAGCAGUCUCCAACAUGCCGCUGUUUAAUACUUCCAGUGACAAUGCCCUUGAAGAUGUUUGGCCUUGGGAAACGAUUGCAAAGAAAUUUAGGAAGGACCGCGCUCACUUCGUUUGGGAUCAGUUUGAGAAUUCUGUCCCGAUGUCUACAUACCUGGUCGCGUUUGUGGUGUCAAAGUUCGCGUACGUUGAGAGCCCGCCAGAGCUCGCUAACACUAAGUUCAGGAUCUGGGCUAGGAGUGAUGCUAUUGAUCAGACCGCGUACGCCGCAAAUCUGGGUCCCCGCGUGUUGUCGCACUUCGAGCGUUGGUUCAACGUAUCGUUCCCGCUGCCGAAGCAGGACAUGAUCGCCAUCCCCGACUUCAGCGCCGGCGCCAUGGAGAACUGGGGCCUCGUCACCUACAGGGAGACCGCGCUGCUCUACGACAACCAACAGUCCUCCUUCCUCAACAAGGAGAGGGUCGCAGAGGUGAUAGCUCACGAGCUGGCUCACCAGUGGUUCGGCAACCUGGUGACGAUGAAGUGGUGGUCAGACCUGUGGCUGAACGAGGGUUUCGCGACGUUCGCGGCGUCAGUUGGCGUGGCGGCGGUGGAGCCCGCCUGGCGCGCUGACCGCACAUACGCCCUCGACAACAUCCUCUCCGUGCUCAGUCUGGACGCGCUCGAGUCCUCGCACCCGGUGUCAGUACCGAUCGACAAUCCGAAGCGUAUAUCGGAAAUCUUCGACGAAAUCUCGUAUCGUAAAGGUUCUACCAUCAUCCGCAUGAUGACCAUGUUCCUCGGAGAACACGUCUUCCGGGAAGCCAUCAAUAAUUACCUGGUGAAGCACUCGUACGGUAACGCGGAGCAGGACGACCUGUGGUCAGAGCUGACAGCCGCCACACAGCGACAUGGCGGCCUCUCUCGCAACGUCACAGUCAAACAGGUGAUGGACACCUGGACCACGCAGACCGGCUACCCGCUCCUCACUGUCACCAGAGACUACAGUGACAACUCGCUCACCAUCUCACAGAAGCGCUACCUGUCUCUGGGCGCGAGGGCGAGCAGCAGCGCGUCGUGGUGGGUGCCGCUGCGGGUGCUGUGCGAGGGGGAGGAGCAGACGCAGAUGGAGACGGGUCAGGUGCAGUGGCUGGCGGCGGGCGAGGGCACAAACACUCUGCACCGCUUCGAGCACGGCGCAGCACCGGAACAGUGGGUCAUCUUCAACACUGACAUGAUCGCUCCUUACCGCGUGAACUACGACCCCCGCAACUGGCAGCUGAUAACUCGCGCGCUGGCGAGCGGACACCGCGCUGUUCCAGUGCUGGCUCGAGUGCAGCUGCUGUCAGACGCGUUGGAACUGGCCUGGGCUGGUCGACUUGACUACACCACCGCACUGCAACUCACGAGUUACCUGCAGAAAGAGAUGGACUAUCUGCCGCUGUCGACAGGUCUGCGUGGGUUGGCUAAGAUUGAGAAUGUUCUGAAGCGUACUCCAGACUACGGAGCCUUCCAGAAGUUUGUUAGACGACUUAUUGGUGAGACUUACACUCGCUCCGGAGGUCUGUCCUCCAGCAAGAUCCUCAACGAAGACGACCUCAUCAGUGUUAAAAUGCAGGUGACGACGAGCAGCUGGGCGUGCCGCAUGAAGGUGCCAGGCUGCGAGGAGAAUGCCAUCGCGCUGUUUGACCGCUGGAUGGAGACUCCCAACCCUGAUCAGAAUAAUCCUAUCCCGCUGGACCUGCGCCGCACGGUGUACUGUGUGGCGCUGUCUCGGGGCUCCGUGCGUCACUGGCGCUUCGCCCUCGAGCGCCGGCGCAGCGCCAACGUGGCCGCCGCCCGCGACCAGCUGCUGCACGCCCUCGCCUGCUCCAGAGACACAUGGAUACUGGCGCAAUACUUGGAGUGGGCAAUAACUGAGGGGUCGGAGGUGCGGCGUCAGGACGCGGCGGCCGUGCUCGCCGGCGUCACUCGCUCCACUGUUGGAUACUACGUCGCCAAGGACUUUAUAUACGACCGUAUUGAAGAUAUUUACAACGCGUUCUCUCAAGGUCGUCGCAUCGGCUUCAUCAUCAAGACCUUGCUCGAUCAGUUCACAACACAGAAGGAACUCGACCAGUUCCUGGUAUGGAAGCAAAAGAACGAGAAGUACCUGGAGGACGCGCACUUGGCGGUGGAGCAGGGCGUGGAGCGCGCGCGAGUCAACAUCGACUGGUUGGCGCGACAUCGCCGCCACGUCGUCGACCGCCUGCGAGAGUUCUCCUCCUACCGGAGACCGGCAGACCAGUGGGAAGAACAAUCCAUCAUGCUAUCCAUUUACGCUAUCCAUAACUUGACGAGCAGUAGAUCGCCCAAUUACGUAUACGAAAUAGGGAAAAGAUGAUAAUAUUAAUGAUAAUGACUUU